AUGAGUUCUCCAUCAUCAUCAUCAUCAUCGUUCAUCCUCCCAGAUAGCCCACCAGCCCAUCAGCGUAUCCUCAACUACUGGCAACAAAAAGCUGCACUCGCUGCCGAGUUGUCUGCUACCACACCCGCUCCUUCUCCGCUCACUGUGGAACCACCAUCACCAGGCGAGAUCGUGCUGGGAGACAGUCCGCUUCAACGCCUGGCGCCACCUGCUACCUGGGCACCGCGGCGAGCGGUGCUAACUAGCCUAUCCAACAAGAUCAAGCAGAAGCAGGGGAAGAGGAGGUUGUCAUUUGAGGAACCUGAGGUUAGCGGGGAAGAGGACGAGGAGACAAUCUACUCACAAACAAAGAAACGAGCUGGAAUGGAGCACGCCUCGUCACUUGCCCCGCUGAUGAAGGAGGUGCAGGGGACGGGGGAGGUUGAGUUGGACUUUGUCCAACUCAUCAAUCAGCCUGUAGCCAAACCCUGGGUGCAGCUGAGAGAAUUAAAGGAGGAUGCUCCCUAUCUUAUUAUCGGCGCAAGGGAGCAUACGAAUAAACAUGGGUGUCGAAGAUUGAUGUUCAAUAACCACCAAAUUCGAUAUGGAAUCAAUAUUGAGAUAAUAACUGUGGAUCAGAAUGGUCUGCGACAUUCUCUUGUACAUGAUACUGAGCUGAUUCAUAUAGACAAAUGGGAUCAAAUAGUAUUAUCAUGUGCAUCAGAAAAUUAUAAGAGUGUGAAUUUCUUUAGAGUAAUGAAUUUCAUAACAAUAACUGAUGCACCAAUCCACUAUAUCGAGACAUAUGAUGGCGUUGAAUUCAUCAGAUUCAAGGAGAGGAACGGAAACGAUAUUCUUCAAAUUAUUGAAGUCAAAUAUAUUUUACUUGAUGGAAUGGCAGUUCGUUUUGUGGGUACAUUAAUGGCUGAAGGUGACAUCAUGAGUUCUUAUCAACUUGGGUAUGUGCCUCACAUACUCAAGAAAGGGGAAAUAUAUCCCCUGCCAAACACUGAUGUUCCAACCAGAGAGCAUAUUUCAAGAGAUUAUCAAUGGAAUGGUGAACAGUAUGAGCAUUUCAAAAAUGAGAAGGACCAAAAGAAAACAAUGCGUCUAGAAGUGAAUGGAGAAUCAAAUUUGGCAGCAAACCAGUCACAAGUUAUCAUCUGUAAAGCAGAAGAAACAUUAGUAGAGAGAUUUCCUUUCUUCAAAAUCAUGAAAGAAACAACAGAGAUUGAAUCAAUGUCAUCGGAUACAGACAGGACCUUCAAUGAGAAAUAUUUUGACAACAUGAAGAGCGAGAAGUGGCUUUGCAGAGAAAUACUGAGAGAAAAUAGAGCUUCCACCACUUCUUCACCGACUGAGAUUGUCCGAGUUAUAACCAAGCAAACCCUGAAGAGACCCAAUGAUAUUCGUGUAAUAGAGCACACACCACUGGAUAGGCUAUGGUUUGAAAUGUACAAUAACGAGUAUCAGACAAAAAUGGAAGGAAUCAGAUACUAUCAAAAGGAAGGAGAGAAGUUUAAAUUGUACAAUAAUUUGAGUGAGUGA